CCGCUCACGAAAAUGCCUGGUGGUUUAACAGACAUUAUGGAGGAGUGGAAAAGUCUUGAAGAAGAUUAUCAACAGAUUCAGGAGACGCACAGAUUGUACUUACAGAAACUGGAAGAAAUUUCCAAACUGCAAAACAACUGCUCCUCCUCCAUUUCCAAUCAGCGCAAAAGGCUGAAGGAGAUAUCACAACAAUUGAAAAAAUGCAACAAAGGGUUGACACAGGAAGAAACUAUAACCAUUGAUGAAAUAAAGGAGAAAAUCAAGACUCGUCCAAAUGCCUUCUUUGACAUGGAAGCUUUCCUUCCCAAGAAAAAUGGGCUGUAUCUCAGUCUGGUUCUUGGAAAUGUCAAUGUCACACUUCUCAGCAAACAAUCCAAAUUUGCCUACAAAGAUGAAUAUGAAAAGUUCAAGCUGUAUCUCACAGUCCUCCUGCUGCUGUUUUCCUUCAUUUGCUAUUUCUUUGUAAGCUACAGAUUUCUUGACGCAAUCCUCAAUUUUCUGCUGGUGUGGUACUAUUGUACAUUAACUAUCAGGGAAAGUAUCCUCAUCACCAAUGGCUCCAGAAUCAAAGGCUGGUGGGUUUUCCAUCACUAUAUCUCAGCUUUUUUGUCUGGUGUCAUGCUAACAUGGCCAGAUGGAAACCUGUACAAGAUAUUUAGGAACCAGUUCCUUGCUUAUUCCUUGUAUCAGAGCUUUGUUCAGUGUUUGCAGUGUUAUUAUCAGAGUGGAUGCCUGUACAGACUUCGAGCCCUCGGAGAAAGACACAACAUGGAUUUGACCGUGGAGGGAUUUCAGUCCUGGAUGUGGAAAGGGUUGACGUUUCUUUUGCCCUUCCUGUUUUUUGGUCAUUUCUGGCAGCUCUUCAACAGCCUUUCUCUCUUCAGAAUGGCCCAGCUCCCGGACUGUAAAGAAGGACAGGUCAUGUUGUGUGGUCUCUGCUUCCUUAUUUUGUUCCUGGGAAAUUUCUUCACCACUGUUGCUGUGGUUCGACAGAAGAUGAAGAGCAGGAACCAGAAACCAAAGAGCCUGUAAAAAGCAUGUUAAAGCUGGCAUUUUUAAUCACACGGAACAAAGCAUAUUCCUCCCUCUUCUCGAUGUGUUCCCUCACUAUUAUUGUAAAACAUGUGCUGCACAAGCAUAGAUAUAAAUGUUUUGGUGAAUGAAUCACUAUUAAAAGUUUAAUUAAGCUUCA